AUGUAGAGUUUAAAAUAAGCACAGGAUUAAUUAUAAGACAGGCAAUUAAAUAAUAAUCGAACUAUGAGAAAUAUUAGUGAUAAAAUGGAUAACUUUUUUGGAUGGCAAAAUGGCUAUAAAUAAGAUAGUUUGAUUAGAGGUAUCAUUCAUGGUUGUUAUCAUGGAAUGUGGGGUGUUUUAAAAUAUAUGGCAUUAAAUGGAGAAGGAUCAAAAAGAGAAUUUAAAAGAGCAAAAGAUCAAUUUUAGAGGAAUGGAAGAGUUAGAGAAUGA